AUGGCCGAUAAUAAAAGAAAGGUUUCUCCAAGGUGGGUGAUUGUCUUAUUCCCUGAGUACAAUAAGGAGUAUAGUGUUGUACCAAUAAAUUGGUUGACUCAAACCAAUCCUCAGUUUUGCUACUGGCCACCUGGAAUUGUUGACAGUGAUGUCCUACAAAUGGCUGAGGAUCCUCAAUGUACAUGGACUAAGUAUCAAGUUAAUGUUCAUGGUGGGAACAAAACUUAUGAUAACUUUAGGAAAGCAUGGUAUCAGCAGGUAGAGAUUGAAAAAUCAACUACGGAAACAGAAGUAGAAGAACACGAAGUCUUAAGACAUAAAAGAACUAAAAAGAUGCCAUCUUUGAAAAAUAAGUCUGUAUUUGAUGUAUCUGAUGAAAGCGAUAAUUCCAGAAAUUCUGAUAGUUGUUUUGAUGUAAUGGCUUCAUCUUCCAACCAACAUUUAACAGUAACUGUUCCGGCUGCACCGAUAGGUAAAUUAGCUUCAACUAGUAGUUUUUCACCAACAGUUGGAGUAGAGUCUGCAUAUAGUCUGGAUUACACAGAAUUGAUGCCAAAAAUAUCAAAACAAACCAUUCAAACUGCUCAUUUGUGUUCUGCAUCAGACAUUUCACCUAAGCAAAGCAAUUCAAUAGACACAUUAAGUGAGAUGGUUCUUCAACAAAAUAAUGAUCAAACAGUAAAAAUGAUGUUGAAUAGAAUAUUAAUAAAAAUAGCUAAUAUCGAAAAUAUUUUAUCAAAAAAUAAUGAAGAUAACUCUGCUCUAUUAGACGAAUCGUUUAUAUCCAAAUUUCCUAUUACUAACGCGGAAGGAUUUUUGUUGGUAGAAACUUGUAUCUUGAAUGAACACAGCUUUGUUUCAAAACUGAAAUUUUUUAUUCAAUCAAUUGGUGGUAGAGAUGGCAAAGAACACAUAAUAAGAUCAUUGUCUAAACUUUUAACAAAUGAAUAUGCAGGAAAAUGUACUAUGACUGGUCGUGGGAAGAAUAUUAUCACUAAACUGGGAGAUACCGAAUUAAUCAAAAUAUUAACAAAAGUUAUAAAAGAAAAUUCCAAAAAUAAUAUUACAAAUUCUGAUAUUGAAGUAGAAAUUGCUGAAUGGUUGAGGCGUGCUAACACAAGAGUUCACAGAGAAAAACAAAAUUAA